GUAAAACUUUAUUCUUUCUAAUUUCAACCUGAAGAAACAUCUAUUCAUUUAUUUUAUUUUACAUUGAAUUUUACAAGUAAAGAAGGAAAGGAAUAUGUCCAAGUGUAACCUCUUAACUCAGGCUAACACUGCCAAACUGGUGGAAGAUAUCGAUACUGUGCUUUUCGACUGUGAUGGGGUUCUUUACACUGGGGGUCAUCCAGUUGCUGGAUCUCAAGAAAUGCUACAGAAACUUCGUAAUAUGGGAAAGAGAAUAUUUUUUAUUACAAAUAACAGCUCAAGAUCAAAUCGGCAAUUUGUCGCAAAACUGAACAAAUUAGGAUUCCCUGCAGAAGAGGCUGAGGCAGUGAGUACAUCGUGGGUGGCAGCUUGGUACCUAAAGGAGCAGAACUUCAAAGGUAAAGUCUACCUAGUUGGCAAUACAGGAAUGGCAGAGGAACUUGAUAAUGCAGGCAUCAAAUAUACUGGACUUGGGCCAGAUGUUGCAGAAGAAGAGAGUAUAUGGGACACUGUAGACAACUCCCACCAAAUUUUCCCCAUAGACCCUGAGGUGCAAUGUGUUUUAGUGGGUUUUGACCAACAUAUCAGUUUCCCAAAGCUACUGAAAGCAGCCUCAUAUCUGAAAAAUGAGAAAGUUUUAUUUCUGGCUACCAAUGAAGACCCUCGUCUACCUUUGAAAAAUGCCCCUAUUACAAUGCCAGGUACUGGUUGUAUAGUUUCACCAGUAAGAAUAGCAAGUGGAAGGGAACCCCUAGUGCUUGGGAAGCCCAACACACCUAUGUUUGACAGUAUACAUGAGAAGUACCAUAUCGACCCUGCUAAAACACUCAUGGUUGGAGACUCGUUAAAGACUGAUAUUCUAAUGGGCAAUAAAUGUGGUUUGAAGUCACUCCUCGUAUUAACUGGUAUCAACUCUCUGGAGGACGCCAAAUCAGUCAUGAAUAGCAGCUCCCCUGAUGUACAACAGCAAGCUCCAGAUUUCUAUAUAGAAGAUAUUGGACAGUUCGGACAAUUUUUAUGAUGCUAGUCAUGUGUUAGCUAAUUUAUAGUAGUUAGUCAUGCUUUAGCUAUUCUGAUUAUGUUUAUGACAAUCAUAUGUGGAUAUAAAUACUCAAAUUAAUGUCCACUUCCUGUCCAUGUUCCUUAAUAUGUCAAGAGAACAUGUUAGUAGACAGCAGUCUCUAUCGUUUUAGUGCAUUCACAGCAAGCAUUUGUAUUUAUUGAAUGCCCCCCCCCCCCAUACCUCAUACAGUGAUCUCCACAGGAUAUUUUCUCAAGUGGGUGCAAAAUUCUCAUUUUCACAAUUCAGACCAAAAUUGGUCAAAAUAUGC